UAUUUUAUUUCAGGUAUCGUGGAUAAGAAAGCACGAUUACCACUUAUUAACAGUUGGAUUGACGACGUACAGCGCCGACGACAGAUUCAUGGUCGAACACGUCAGGCAUUUGCAGAAUUGGGGUCUCCUGAUAAAGCACGUUCAAUUCUCGGACGCCGGUCUUUACGAGUGCCAAGUCUCCACACAUCCCCCGACGAGCAUCUUCCUCGAGCUCAAAGUCACAGAGGCGUCAGCGGAAAUUCUAGGAGCGCCUGAUUUACACCUGAGAGCUGGUUCGUCGCUGCGUUUGGUGUGCACCCUGCGGCAGUCGACGGAACCGCCAUCGUACGUGUUUUGGUAUCAUGAGCAGCGCAUGAUUAAUUACGAUCAGGGCGUGCAGGUGAUUGCCGAUCGCAGCAGCAGCAUUUUACUGCUGCAGGACGCCGACAAAACGCACAACGGCAAUUACACCUGCAGUCCUUCGAAAGCCAUUCCGGCGUCGAUUAAUGUACACGUGCUCAACGCAACCGCAGAAGAAAAACCAGCUGCAAUGCAACAUGCCAAUACAAGUCCACGAUCGACAUUCACACCAACAAACUGUCUCCUCUUCAACUUACUGACGCUGAUGACCAGCGCACUGAUUACAUGAUGCCAUCGUCGUCGUCAUCAUCAUCAGUGCGACGCAUAAAUGUUUAUACUACUCGUGAAUGUGAUGUAUAAAAAAGUGAUAUAUCAUUUAUAUGAAUAAAAUAAAACAAGAGUUACAAAUUA